AUGGGUAUCAAGGGACUUCACGGUCUCCUCAAGUCCAUACAGAAACCGUGUCACUUGAAGAAGUUUAGUGGCCAGACCCUGGGAGUCGAUGCUUAUGGAUGGCUCCACCGUGGUACAGUAGCCUGCUCCGUGGACUUGGUCCUGGACAGGCCAACAAGAAAACAUCUCGACUUUGUCCUUAAUCGAGUCCGCAUGCUUCUCUUCUUCGGCGUCACCCCAUAUCUCGUCUUCGACGGCGACAACCUCCCCAGCAAGGCCGGCACAGAGCAAGACCGAUAUCGACGACGUCAGGAGAGCAAGGCACUCGGUCUGGAGCUACAACGCAAAGGUCGAUUGCCGGAAGCCUACCAAGAGUUCCAGAAGGCCGUUGAUGUGACCCCGUACAUGGCCCGUCAGUUGAUUGAGGAAUUGAAGCAAAUGAAUGUUCAAUAUAUUGUGGCUCCAUACGAAGCAGACGCCCAGCUGGUGUACCUUGAGCAGCAGGGUCUCAUUCAUGGGAUCAUUUCAGAGGACUCGGAUUUGUUGGUCUUCGGUGCGAAGAGACUAUUGUCGAAACUGGAUCAGCACGGCGAUUGUAUCGAGAUUAACCGGGCAGACUUCACGGCUUGUCGUGAAGUGAGCUUGGUCGGUUGGAGCGACGCGGAUUUCCGACGGAUGUGUAUCCUUAGUGGGUGUGAUUAUUUGGCCAACAUUCCCAAAAUGGGAUUGAAGACGGCCUAUCGCAGCAUUCGCAAGCACCGAACUGUGGAGAAGACCCUGCGCAUGUUACAAUUCGAGAACCACCUCCAGGUUCCGGCGGACUACCUCGCGAAUUUCCAGCAGGCGGAGCUUACUUUUCUCUAUCAGCGAGUAUUCUGUCCCAAUGUCAAGAAAUUGGUGACACUGACAGCCCCUGAAGAUGGAAUCAACCUGGAUGAGCUGCCAUUUAUUGGUGCGGAUGUGGCGGCGGAGAUUGCAGCUGGUGUGGCCUGCGGUGACUUGGACCCGACAACCAAGGAGCCGAUUGAGUUGAAACCAUUGGCGCCAGGUAAAUUCUCCCGGGGGAUUAUCCGACGUCAGACAUUGGGGUCAUCUUCCGAGCUGAAGCCAACCAAGCCGAUCAGUUCGAUCUUCACCCCAAAGCGAAUGCCGUUGGGCGAGCUGGAUCCGAACAGCCUCACCCCGUCCCCCAGCCAGCAAUUGCUUCUGGAGCGGAAUGCGAACAGCUCCUGGCAAGCCAACUCGGCUCCUUAUCGCUCCACUCAGAAUAGAUCCACCCCUUUCCGAGCACUGUCCGAUCAGAUUCGCAGCCCUAUGGUUCGUAGUGUUGAACGCAACUCGUUCUUGGCUCAAGCCGCCAAAGCGUCCACUCUUCAGCCUAUCAAGCGACAGAGACUAUGCUCUGAGACCGAGGAUGACCAGCUCCCGGCACGUCCGGACUUUCGGAGCCGCUUCUUUGCUAGUAGUGCCGACCAAGCCAGCCCCAGCGGACAGAAGGUCUCUCGAACCAAGAAACAACGCAAGUCGACUUUGGACGUUUUUUCUGAUGAGGUCGCUGAAGAUAUCUUCUCUGGGAUGCCUGAUCCAGGCUCCAAGCAAGAUGUGGAAGAUGCUACAGAAACGCCAAUUAAAACGGGAGGUGCACCACAGGCUGAUGCGGAGGGUGGCGAAGCCAGUCCAUCGAUCCCACGAACUGAAGAUAGUACUGUCCCGCCGCAAGACGAGACCCAAACAUUGAAUGAACCAUCCGAAAAUCGCGACUUUGAUCAGGCUCUUGAUUAUCACGUCCAGCGACAGAACUCAACCAUUCUGUCGAAGUACACGUUCCAAGCAGGCUCCAAGGCUGCGUCUAGCCGGCCUCCAAUGACCAAAAUCCCUGUCUUUCAAUCCGGCAACAACAAGCCUACGCCAAUUGCGUCGCCUCGGACGCCAUCAAUUGCAGCUCAGAACAGAGCUCCACAACGCCAGCGAUUAACUCCGUUGCAGCGCAUGGGCCAAGCAGCAUUGACUCGGUCCCAAACUAUCAACUUUCCAACGAAGCUUCGCCAGGCCGACUCUAUGGAUUCACAGAGCGAUGGAGAGUCCCUGCUUGCGCCACGGUCCUCCACUCACAAGGUCCAGGGCAGCGAAGACCUGAUCGUCCCCGACAGCGAUGAGGACGAACAGGAGGAUCACAGCAUUUCUGCACAGACCAUACCAUUGGAUCUGAAGCGUUUCUCUUUUGCAGCGAGAUAA